GUGCCAUCUAUUCGAACUAUUCAUCAAUUAUAAUUAAUUAUCUAUUUUAUUCCAUUAUUUUUUUUCGGACUAUUUAUUUUUAAGUCCAAAUCCGAAUCUAUUUACUGUGAUGAAGAGUCGCGGGUUCGAAUCCUGCUGGGGAGCAAAAUUAGUGACAAGUACAAAUGCGCAUACUCGAUUCCAAAAUGUUUAAUAUUUUACCUGUGCUUAUUUUAUCGUUGUCCUAGUUUUACUAAUCAUUCGAUCAGUUUUUGUGAGUUCACUGUCGCAAGAUAUUAUUACCAAACAAUUUAUGUUUUUAUUCAAUCAUUUUACUAUGUACUACUCAUAUAUUUUAUUCUAUUAGGUCUUUGGCACAAGAUUUAUUCCUGUCAGAAGACGAGUGCGAGACGGUGCAGCCUAAGCUCUCGAAAUCCUCGAAGAAGCAUUCGAGAUGUGACCCUUCGACAAGUAAGAAGACAGGUGAGCCGUUCACUACCACUGCGCCUAAGAAAAGGAAAACCGUCAUCAACCCAAUCACCCCCGUCAUGAAGGCGGCGACGGCUGAGCUUUUCGGCAGCGAGAGUGAUGAAGAAGAAGGGUGCUCGACAGGUUCAACAAAGGCGACAUCCUGUGUAGCCAAUGCGGUCAAGUGUGACAUGUGCAACAUCGAAAUUCCUCAAAAGAAAUAUCAUUAUCAUAUGAGAACGAAUGUACACAAAGAGAAUUGUUUAUUAAAAACUGAAUUCAAAAAUAUUGACAUUAUUAAGACUGCAUUUAAGAACAGAAUUGUGACUUACCGCAUAAAUCCUGCACAGGAAGUCGAGUACCUCACACCCGAGGCGUUCCUGUACAGUUAUAAAAAUGAUGUUUCGAAUGUUAUCCAUUUAUCAAUACUGAAACACACAUGUCUGAAGUUAAAUUUUGAACUGUUUGCUUAUUUUGAGUUACCACGGUCAAGUACGCAACAGUUAAAAUCUUUUAAUACAAAGUUUGAUUGCGUUUUUAACAACACUAAUAUUAAUGAGUUGUAUAUGAAUGCUAUAGAAACAUUUAAACAAAAACUUUCAGAAUUUGAACACUGUGAAUCUGGUUGGUCUCUGGUUUCAAUAAGUCAUUUAGAAUUGAAUAUAAACAAAUAUUGUCCUAUGAGAGGUGGUACGUUCAUAGAGCUGCCAUCAUUUCUCAAGAAUAGUAAAAGUUGCAUAAAUAUACAGAAUAAAGAUGAGUACUGUUUUCUAUGGAGUAUAGUAGCUGCAUUAUUUCCCGCCAAAAGUAAUGUAUGCAAAACAAGUUCAUAUCCUCACCAUUCAACUGUCUUUAAAACAGACGGUAUGACUUUCCCUCCGUCGUGUAAAGAUAUACAAUUGUUUGAAGCUAAUAAUAACAUCAGUAUCAACAUUUAUGGAUUAAGUUCAAGCAGUUUAGUAACUGGUCCAUUAUAUUUAUCUAAAAAUCGAAAGAACAAUCAUGUAAAUUUAUUAUACUUUGAAAAAGGAGUCAAAGGUCAUUACUGCCUUAUUAAAGAUCUUGUACGAUUAGUAAAACGUCAGAUUAGUAAAUUUAAAGGGAAUCUAUAUAUGUGUGAGAAUUGUUUACGUUUUUUUUCUUCUGAAAUUAAAUAUACAAACCAUGAUUGCUCUCAAGUGUUGACAGUCUUACCUAAAAAAAAUAGUACAAUCGGAUUUAAACAUUUUGAGAGACAGCAAAAAAUUUAUUUUGUUAUAUAUGCUGAUUUCGAAAGUCUAUUAGUUAACUGUACAGAGAAUGGUAGCGAAAAUACACGUAAUUUAAAAGUUCAUCAACCUUCAUGUUUUGCGUAUUAUAUUUGUUGUUCAUAUGACUCGAGUUUAAACAAGUUCGUUACCUACAGGGGUUCGGAUUGUGUAGAAGUGUUUGUUAACAGAUUGAUUGCAGAUGUGAAAUGCCUUUAUAAAAUAUUAUGUGAUAAGAAUCCAAUGACGCCUUUGACGAAAGAACAAGAAAAUAGUUAUCAAAACGCUACAUCGUGUCAUAUUUGUAGCCAUUUAUUAUUCGAUGACAAGGUUCGUGACCACGAUCAUAUUACUUCUGAAUAUAGAGGGCCAGCUCAUUCACAAUGUAAUUUGAUGUUCAGAGUGUGUCCAUUCAUACCAGUAGUCUUUCAUAAUUUAGCUAACUAUGACUCACAUUUGUUUAUUAGCGAAUUAGCAAAAUACUAUGGUCCAAUUACAAUUAUACCGAAAACUAAAGAAAAGUACCUCACAAUUACAAAGACCAUACAUUUAAAAGAAUUUACACGUCCAUUACAAAUAAAAUUUAUAGAUUCAUUUCAGUUUUUGAGCACAAGUUUAGACAUGUUGAGUAACAAUUUAUCAGAUGAAGAUUUCACCAAUUUAUCCAUGCAAUUUAAAAGCAAGCAUUUGCAUUUAUUAAAAUCAAAAG